AUGUCUAAAACAUCAAUUAGAACAAUAGAUUUUGUUUAUCUUGGUUAUUCAAUCAAUUUUCGUGUUCAACAACAAUGUGAUGACAUAAAUCUAAUCGAUUCAUUUCAUAGUAAUCUUCCAAUUUUUUAUCGAAUUUAUCUAUCAAUAACUUCUAUUAUUAUUCAAUUUAAACUGAUGACAAUAAAUAAUAAUAUUGAAAAUAAAUCUAUUUCUCUAUCAGAUAUUGGUGGCUUGAAAAGAGAAAAAUCUGAUUUAACUAAUCUUCUUCUUCAAUCUACAACAAAUUAUAUUUCACUACGAAGAAUAUUUCCUCAUGGUGCAAAAAGACGUGGAAAAACACUGCUUAUCAAUGCAAUAGCUCAUGAAAUUUCAGCAACAAUUAUUCGUAUACAUCUAUCAAAUAUUUAUAAACGAAGAUUAACAGCAACUUUAAUUGAAUUAUUGGAUCGACAUUUAGAUGGAAAAAAUAUUUUUUUAAUGGUAACUACAAAGUGGCCUGAUUUAGUUGAUACUGAUUUAAGACGACCAGGUAGAAUUGAUGAAGAAAUUGAAAUUGGAAUGGCCAAUCAGCAAGAUUGA